CCGAGCAUGUCGGCGCUGCGGCGGAAGCUGGGCGACGAGUACCAGGUGGUGAGCACGUCGGCGAGCGGCGCGGGGCUGCCCCCGCCGCGGGCGGCGCCGCGCGGCAAGCGGCAGCGCUUCGUGGACAAGAACGGGCGCUGCAACGUGCAGCACGGCAACCUGGGCGGCGAGACGAGCCGCUACCUGUCCGACCUCUUCACCACGCUCGUGGACCUCAAGUGGCGCUGGAACCUCUUCAUCUUCAUCCUCACCUACACCGUGGCCUGGCUCUUCAUGGCCUCCAUGUGGUGGGUCAUCGCCUACAUGCGCGGCGACCUCAACAAGGCGCACGACGACAGCUACACGCCCUGCGUGGCCAACGUCUACAACUUCCCCUCCGCCUUCCUCUUCUUCAUCGAGACCGAGGCCACCAUCGGCUACGGCUACCGCUACAUCACGGACAAGUGCCCCGAGGGCAUCAUCCUCUUCCUCUUCCAGUCCAUCCUGGGCUCCAUCGUGGACGCCUUCCUCAUCGGCUGCAUGUUCAUCAAGAUGUCGCAGCCCAAGAAGCGCGCCGAGACGCUCAUGUUCAGCGAGCACGCCGCCAUCUCCAUGCGCGACGGCAAGCUCACGCUCAUGUUCCGCGUGGGCAACCUGCGCAACAGCCACAUGGUGUCCGCGCAGAUCCGCUGCAAGCUGCUCAAGUCCCGCCAGACGCCCGAGGGCGAGUUCCUGCCGCUCGACCAGCUGGAGCUGGACGUGGGCUUCAGCACGGGCGCCGACCAGCUCUUCCUGGUGUCGCCGCUCACCAUCUGCCACGUGAUAGACGCCAAGAGCCCCUUCUACGACCUGUCCCAGCGCAGCAUGCAGACCGAGCAGUUUGAGAUCGUCGUCAUCCUCGAGGGCAUCGUGGAGACCACUGGGAUGACGUGCCAAGCCAGGACGUCCUACACGGAGGACGAGGUGCUGUGGGGCCACCGCUUCUUCCCGGUGAUCUCCCUGGAGGAAGGCUUCUUCAAGGUCGACUACUCGCAGUUCCACGCCACCUUCGAGGUGCCCACGCCGCCCUACAGCGUCAAGGAGCAGGAGGAGAUGCUGCUCAUGUCCUCGCCCCUCAUCGCCCCGGCCGUGAGCGACAGCAAGGAGAGGAACAAUUCCGUGGAGUGCCUGGACGGGCUGGACGACGUGGGCACCAAGCUGCCCUCCAAGCUGCAGAAAAUCACGGGGCGGGAGGACUUCCCCAAAAAACUCUUGCGGAUGAGCUCGACGACCUCGGAGAAGGCCUACAGCAUGGGCGACUUGCCCAUGAAGCUGCAGCGGAUAAGCUCGGUGCCCGGCAACUCGGAGGAGAAACUGGCGUCCAAGACGCCCAAGAUGCUGUCGGAUCCCAUGAGCCAGUCGGUGGCCGAGCUGCCGCCCAAGCUGCAGAGGCUGUCGGGGGGCGGCCGGCUGGAGGGCAACCUGCCGCCCAAGCUCAGGAAGAUGAACUCGGACCGCUUCACAUAACGCGAGCUCGGCCGGGACGCUGAUGCUUACUGGCAUGGGGCAGCCCCACACGCAUGCAAUAACCGUGUGCCAGUCUCGCGGSUAGUUUUAUGGCAUGAUUCCUACUGUAUUUAUACUGUAUAUUCCAGAGCAUAUGGCACGGGGCCUUCUCCGCCCCGSGGUUUCUUAAGAGUGGUAGGUGAAGACAUGAGAGUGGGUGACUUGCAGGUAAGUUAUAAGUUGAUUUGAAAAAGUAUUUAUUUUUCUUUUUCCUGCUGUAGGUUGUGUGGUUUUGUUCAGCCAAGUAGUUACGGUGCAUGGUUUUUCCUUACAAGAAGCCUCACGCGUAUUAGCUGGUUCCCAGCACCGCCACCGCCAGCCUCAAAUCAACCGCCAGCUUCGGGUUUGCUUUAACAUUUCCCUGGGUUUUUCUUUUCCUGCCUCUAGGUURCCAGGAGACAUCAAAAUGCAUUUCAUAAGGCGCUGCUUAAAAGAAGAGUGAUUAAGGCUAGGGGAAGAAAUAGAUUUAUAAAAUUUACACUUUAGCGAUAAUUAGUAAAAUCCAAUUCCUUUCUUAGCUGUAAAUCUCUAAGUCAGGAGAGCAGCUGGGAACAGUGGCAGGCGCCUGGUUCCCGGUGCUGUUGGGAGCGCGUGCCAUGGAAAGGGCAGGAUUCCUCCGGGAGAGCGGUGGGGCAGCUUCAGUGAGCCGGGAUUUGGGCCAGGAUUCCCAUUCUGGGCCACAUCGUAGGUGUUUCUAAAAUCCUUGAGGCCGCGGUACCUUGGUCUUAGGCCAAGAAGCGUGGCUGGAUGGGCACCCACAGCACACGGGGAACCGUCCCGCACGAGCAGUGUUCAUGUUUGCUGGGUAGGCACUGCCAGCAGACGUCCGGAUCAAUGGAAAAAUCCUUCCUUUCCAUGGCRGGCGGCUGCACGGAGCAGGACCAGGCCGUGACUGGCAGCAAAGCCAUCCCGUGUGAGAUGGUAGUGGUGGAAAGGGCACCUCCGGCCCCGGGAAGGCAAGAAAAUCCAUUGUCCCACUGGGAGCAGGGGAAAUCUGUGCAUUGAGUGAAGUCGAAGUCACUUAAAAAGAGGUAAAAGGGAGAAAUUGCCCCUGUAAGGGGUGUUGGCAGCAGGGCGGCUGCGAGACACAGUGGCCUGCAUAAAAAAACGCUCCGAAAGUACGGGAAGCACUGGGAAAGCAUUCUCGUUCGGUUAAAUUAAUUCCAUGGGAAGUGCUCAGUUAUGACGAAUUCAAAAUCUUGAUUUUUUUUUUUUUUUUUAAUUGAAAUAUUCGCCUGUCCUUGGUGGGCGCGUGGUUGCCGCGGCGUGUGGCUGUGCUGCAGUGCAGCCUGUACGUGAAGGCUGCCACUUGUGUCCUUGCUGCGUGGGAGUGGAAGUGCCGACAAGGGUGCCGGCUCCCUGCGGGAAUUCCCGCUCGGGACUCUCUGCUCCUUACUAGCUCAUUUCUGUGCCACUUUCCGUUGCCCCGUCGCACAGCCGGUCUGUGUCCCCCGCUCCGCGCGCGCCCGCUCCGCUGUAAAGUGUACAUAGUCGGACGAGAGCAACUAAGUGCAUUUUCUGGCAUGCAGUCUAUAACUGUAUAAAUGUACAAGUUUAUUUGAAUUAUAUGAAAUAACAGACUCUUGUAUUCCUUAAUACUGCAAGCUCAGUUUUAUCUAAAGCUAUAUUAAACUUGAAAAAAACGUUCGGU